UGUUUUGUUCUUCCAGUAGAGUUUGUCUGCGCCGUGGUACGUAACGUACGCCCGCUGUUGAGUGCUCGGUUUCGCGCGAUAUUCGAUAUUGGAUCAAUCUGACCGGUGACCGUUGCCGCGUGCUCGUCGAUUACAGAAUAUGGGGUACCACGUGUUACUGCUAUGCGCGUGGCUGGGAUCAGCCAGCGCAAUACUGGAAGUCGUGAGCCAGUGGAACGUGAUGCAGUUCGACUUCCCGCCGGAUCCGGUGCUGCUAGAGAAGUUCCAGCCGGAGAACACAGUGGCCACGGGCCUGGAGAUCGGAUGGGACAGAAUCUAUUUGGGUAUACCACGAUUGCGCGCCGGCGUGCCCGCCACGCUGGCCUGGAUUCCGAGGAGCUUGCCGUCUGGUGUCAGUCCCGUCCUUCAGGCUUACCCUGACUGGUCGUGGCACACGGCCGGCCGAGGCGACAUCAACUGCACCGGGCUAGUGUCCGUAUACCGCAUCAGGGCCGACCGCUGCAACCGUCUCUGGGUCCUGGACGCCGGCGUCGUCACCAGCCUCGACGACUUCCGCCGCGUCUGCCCCCCCAAGAUACUCAUCUUCGACAUGGCUACCGACCGCCUGGUGCGAAGCGUGUACUUCCCCCGUGAGCUGCUGCGGCCAAGCUCCUUGCUGACCAACCUCGUGCUCGACGAGACCCGCUCCAGCGCUCGCCUCGCCUCCAACUGCGAUAACAUCUUCGCCUACAUUAGUGACACUGUCGCGCCAGGUAUUAUCGUGUACGACGGGCACCGAGACAACGCAUGGCGCGUGACCCACGCCUCCAUGUACCCCGACCCGGACAUGGGAGAGUACGACAUCAACGGGGAACGGUUUACGUUGAUGGACGGCAUUGUCGGCCUGGCGCACUCGCCGGCUCAGGGUCUGCUCUAUUAUCAGCCGUUGGCCACUGACAGACUAUUCAGCGUGUCGACCGCAGUUCUGGCGGCAGGCCCCCCCGCCGAGGGCACUGACUUGCCCGUCAACCUCGUGGGCCGAAAGUCCUCGCAAGGGCUCGGCAUCGCCGUCGACCCUCGCGACGACACGAUCAUCUUCAGCCCCAUUGUCGAGACGGCCAUCGCUGCUUGGAAUCCUAUCAGCAACUCGCAUAGAGUGCUCGCCCAAGACCCGGAGAAGCUGCAAUUCUGCGCGGAAGUGCGAUGGGCGGAGCGCGACAACGGGGCCGUGUGGGCCCUCUCCACGCGCUUCCACAAGUACUUCAAGAGACAAGUCAACAAACACGAGAUACACAUACGUAUCGUUCGCAUAGUGGAAGGGGGAUUCCCCGCGUUGCAGCCGCACGUCCUGCGCCGCUCCGCUCGCCGUCACAGAAACUUGAACGCCACGCUACACUAAUAACUAUGCCAACUAAAUACCUACUAAAUUAUUUCGUUACUGCACACAGCAG